AUGAAGAAAAGUGAGACAGAAGAAAGAGGUGGAGCAGGGGGUAGCAGCUUAGAGGUGAAGGAAGGGGCCUCAUGGCCUACACUCUGCUGUCGUCCCCGCAGGAGGUGGAAACUGCAGGUGCUAGAUCUGCGGAAUGUUUCCCAGAACUUCAGGAGGAUGUGGUCUGGAGCCCUGGUUGAUGCCUUCUCACCAGAGGACAUUAAGAAUAAUCAAACAUUGAAACUUGGUCCAGCAAUGGAAGCUAAGUCACCCUUCAAGGUUUUCAUAGACUUGAACCUCAGAAAAAGACCCCUGGAUGAAUUACUGACCCACUUGUUCCUGUGGGUCACAGAGAGAAGGGACAGGCUGCACCUGUGUUGCAAUAAGCUGAAGAUCUUUGGGAAACCCACUGGUCACACCAGGAAGGUCCUGAGACUGCUGCAGCUGGACUCUGUCCAGAAGGUUGAAGUACACUGCGCCAGGGUGCCCUCUAUUUUGGCUGCUUGUGCUCCUUUCUUGGGCCAGAUAAGGAACCUGAGGAAGCUUCUUGUCUCCCAGGUCUAUGUGCCUGCCUACACCUCCCAAGAGGAGCAGAAGCAGCUGCUUGCCCAGGUCACCUCGCAGUUUCUCAGGAUGGACUGCCUGUGGAAGUUCUGUGCCAAUGAUGUCUUCCUCCUUGAGGACCACCUGGAACAGGUGCUGAGGCACCUGAAGACCCCCCUGAAGACCCUCUCAAUAACAAACUGCCCACUGUCAGAUUCUGACUGGAAUUACCUUUCCCAAUAUCCAAACGCCAGACAGCUCAGACACCUGGAACUGAGGGGCAUCAAACUGACUGAUUUCAGUCUGGAGCCCCUCCGAAUCCUACUGGACAGCCCUGCAACCACACUGAACAUCCUGGACUUGGCAGCUUGUGGGAUCACUGAUUCCGAGCUCCAAGCCCUCUUUUCUGCCCUGAUCGAUGCUCCCAGCUUGUGA